GCUGGUGACACGCUCCCCAAAAUCUCGACUCCCGGAGUGAGUUCGCUCCCCUCCACCCGUCCACCGUUCCCAAAUGUCCAGACACCAUCUCGCCGCUGCCGCCGUCGCCGCAGUGCUGUUCCUCCUCUCGCCGCCGCCUUGCGCAGCCGACCCCGACGACGAGCGGUGCCUGUCCCACCUUCACCAGUCCAUGUCCGACCCCUCGGGCGGGCUUCGCAACUGGACCAAGGCUGCGUUCUCGGCGCCGUGCGAGGGCUUCUUCUCGCACCUCCAGGGCGUCACCUGCAACAACGGGCGCGUCUACAAGCUCGCCCUCCCGGGGCUCUCCCUCGGCGGCACCAUCCCGCCGGAGCUCUCCAACUGCACCAACCUCCAGUCGCUGGACCUCUCCGCCAACGCGCUGUCCGGCGCCAUCCCGCCGGAGCUCUCCGCGCUGCUCAACCUCGCCGUGCUCAACCUCUCCUCCAACGCGCUCUCUGGCGCCAUCCCGCGGGAGCUCGCCCGCUGCGCCUACCUCAACGUCAUAGAUCUCCACGGCAACCAGCUCUCCGGCGCCAUCCCGGACGAGCUCGGCCUCCUCGUCCGCCUCUCCACCUUGGACGUCUCCUACAACCGCCUCUCCGGCCCCAUCCCCGUGCUCCUCGCCAACCGCACCGUCGGGACGGCCAGGUUCAAUGCCAGCUCGUUCGCGGGGAACAAGGACCUGUACGGGUACCCGCUGCCGCCGCGGCGGACGCGGGGCCUCUCCGUGCUCGCCAUCGUCGGCAUCGGCCUUGGAAGCGGGCUGCUCAGCCUCGUGCUCAGCUUCUCCGCCGUCUGCCUGUGGCUUCGCGCCACGAACCGCACUGCCACCACCCCCGGGGAUGAGGGCAAGAUUUCCCAGCUCAUGCCGGACUACUGAAUCCAUCAAAGGCCCUGGCAAGUUUGAACUUGGGGAUGCCUUGCAAUUCAAUUGAACCACAUGGAUGGACUUAUCAUCUUCGCACUCUGCAACAAAGACUCCACAUUUCAAUUAUAGAUUUGUGAUGCCAAGAUUGGAUGAUCCUGGAACGGGAUGUCGGGAUCAGAGCAGAGUAGACAUCCUCUUGGUGCAGUCAGGGUGUCAGUAUAGUCUAAUUGGAGACCGGAAUUGCUGUAAUUUUUAAUUGCUGAUGAUUUUUUUUUACUUGUACUGUUUGGCAGAGGAACAUUAGGCAACUGAUGGUGACAUGGGACUUGUGUUUAUGCUGACUGCUGAGGAAUAGUUUUCUGCAUACAACUGGUUUUGCUGAAGUACUUUAUUCCUUAUUUGAAUGAUGCUUCCCAUUCUGAUCAGAAGGGGUGAUGUGCUUGUUUUGUAAUCUUUUCCAGAUUGUUUCAUUGUUUGUGCUUAUGAGCUGGUUUUUCAGCCUCUUUUUGCUAAAAACAUUAUCUAUUGCCAAAGCAA